AUGACUGAUUUAGGUAAACUAAACUGGUUUCUUGGAAUGUCAUUUGUUUCUGGUAAAGAUAACAUUGAGGUGAACCAAACUAAAUAUGUAGAGAAGAUUUUGGAUAGCUUUAACAUGUCAGAUUGUUAUGCAAGAAAUAUACCAUGUGAUCCAAGUAUUGUUAACACCUCAACAGUAGAAUCUGAUGAGUUGGCUAAUGCUACUCUUUACAGAGAAAUAGUAGGUAGUCUCAUAUAUAUUAUGACAGGUACUAGACCAGAUUUGUGCUAUGUGGUCACUAAACUUUCACAGUAUAUGUCCAAUCCUACUAAAGCUCAGUUAAAUGCUGCUAAGCAUGUGCUCAAAUAUUUGAAAGGUACAAUGAUGUAUGGUCUUACAUUCAAAAAGUCAAAUGAAUCAGUUCAACUUCAAGGAUAUUGUGAUUCAGACUAG